CACAGCUGUCCAGUGUUUGGUUCGACGGCGGCUUUGAUUGGGAGCCUAAUACGACGCCAAAGUUAAAUGGGCCCAAUUUUAGAGCAUCGGUGCUGUAAUCAGUGUUCCACAGGAUGAUUAAAUUGCAACCAGAUUUUGAUCGUUCAUAUUUUAAUUUUCGUUGCGGCGAGGUAUUCUGCGUCAGCCCAACAAAUUACGAUGUUAGCUGUGCGCUCUGCGGCCAGCAAGUGCCAUUUGAAGGAUUUCCUCAACACUUUCAACUCAAGCAUCUGACAGAGUCAGAAGUAGAUACGGAGACGGAGACUGAAGAAUGCAAGCUGUUCGCUACACAUGCCGUGGAGCAGCAUCUGGAUGCGCCGGUGGAGGUGGAUGCCGAGCCGUUGGCCAUUAAAUCCGAGGACGAUCCCAUUGCCAAUGACGAGACGCACGCUUCCAAUGACAAUGUGAAUGUGGACUUGGCCCAAAUAGCACUGCUUGACCGGGAACACGAGACUGAUAAAGAUGCAGAUGUCACUGCAUCUCAAGAACAGAAUGGCUCAAUUGCAACCAGGCGCCAACGACGCGAAGCAACACUCAAGAAUAGCGUAGUGCGACAGUCGGAGGAUGACACGCCAAUGGACAAACAUUUGGAUUGGAUGGCGGGUGACGGCAACAACAGCGAAGGUCGUAUUGAGCGCAAUGAACACUCAGGCUCCGAUCACAAUGAUGAGGAAGUGGACGACACCAGAGACAUGCUCUUCCAGUGUGACCAAUGUGAUCGCGCCUACAACACUAAACGCAGCCUGCAGAGCCACAAACGCAGCAAGCACAACUUCCGCAAGCCGCCAAAGCCGCACAGGGUAGCUGCAGGCGAUGCCAUGACGACAGCCACAGCUGGAAGCGUUCGCAAGAAACCGCGCAAGGAUCCCUCCAAGAUCUACAAGUGCGACGAGCCUGAGUGCAAUCAGACCUUCCGCACUGAGCGCGACUUGCGUGGCCAUCGCUGGAAGCACACGGGCAUCUUCUGCGACAUAUGUGGCAAGCCCUUCACGCAGUCUGGCAACAUGAUGCGCCAUCGCCAAAGGCACAGCGGAAUCAAGCCGUACAAGUGCCAGCAGCCAGAUUGCGAGGCCACCUUCUACACGCAAAAGGAACUGACGUCGCACAAUAUAUGCCAUACCGGUCGCAUGCCAUGCAUAUGCGAGGUAUGCGGUCGUCCCUGCCGCGAUCGUGGCGUACUCACUGCCCACAUGCGGCGCCACACGGGCGAACGGCCUGCCAAGUGCGAAGUGUGUGGCAAGGCGUUCUACAGCUUCCACGAUCUCAACGUGCACGCCGUCUCGCAUACGAAUCUGCGGCCCUUCGUCUGUGAUGUGUGCGGCUCCACGUUCCAGCGCAAGAAAGCGCUACGCCUCCACAAGCUCCUGCACUCCGAGAAGCGCAAAUAUUCGUGCAAGCUGUGCAACAAAAUGUUUGCCCAGUCUGGCGGCCUCAAUGCCCACAUGCGCACUCACGAGUCGGCACGGGCCAGAGCCAAAGCUAAGGCCAAGACAUCUCAAGUCGAUGUCGAGGUUGAGGUGGAGGAAGCCGACAACACCGACCAACUGCUGGAGGAGGCUGUCACCAUAGAGUUGCUCCAGAGCCAGCACACAUCCCAUGUAGAGGUUGUUACCGUCGCAGCUGCGGGCAGCUGGCAUGUGCCAUAAUCAUGAGAAUCUGUAUCUAUAUAGUCUAAUGUAUGUGGCUGCCAUUAGGCCCCAAUGUAAUAUGUAAAUAUUGAAUUAAAAAAAAAUAUAUAUAUCAAAAUGUAA